AUGUUUGUACUGGCCAAAGAAACCAGCCUCUCAGAGGGGAGACCAGAUGACACAGGGCCAAAUCCCAGAGUCUGGCAUGAACAGACCAGGCGAUAUCUGGACUGUUCAGCACCAGACCUGGAGUAUAUCCUCUCACAAUGGAUUUUGAAAAGUCCCCAGUUGUUCUGGAUCUUACCAGAAGAUCCAGACCUCUCCAUUCUGAUGCUGGAUGGCUGUUCGCAUGGACAUCCCACUGUGUCAUAUGGUGUAGCUGCUGCCACCAUGAGUCAUUUUGUUCUGAGGUCAGAAUCGUCAUCCAGACAUGUGAUUGAGGCUAGGUACAUUGUUCUGAACUUAGAAAUGAAUGACUUGCUGCAGUGGUGGCCAUGCUGGGCUGUACAAUGGAACACCCAUGCAAACAGCUGCCCUAUAUCAGAACGGAGGGCUAAGGCAGAAAUGUUCCCAUCCAAUUUACAUAGAGAUGGUUAUUAUAAGCUAGGAACACCCUCUUGUACAGAAAUAAAAGAAAUAUUUCUAGAGGAUGAGAAAUACAGAAAAGCUGUAAAGGAUGGUAUAGACGAUGUGGUAGCAAUAAUGAUCCCUGAACCAAAGGGGAAAGAGAUUGUGAGUCUGCUGGAGCGCAAUAUUACUGUGAUGAUGCACAUAACAAUUGGAACCCGAAACCUGCAGAAGUAUGUUAGCCGUACCUCCGUGGUGUUUGUCUCCAUCUCUUUCAUUGUGCUGAUGAUCAUCUCAUUGGCAUGGCUGGUCUUCUACUAUAUUCAGAGGUUCAGAUAUGCAAAUGCCAGAGACAGAAACCAGCGCCGUCUUGGAGAUGCUGCAAAGAAAGCAAUCAGCAAACUACAAGUCAGAACAAUAAGAAAAGGAGAUAAGGAAACAGAGCCUGACUUUGAUAAUUGUGCAGUGUGCAUUGAAGGUUAUAAACCAAAUGAUGUUGUCAGGAUCUUACCCUGCAGGCACCUGUUUCACAAAUCUUGUGUAGAUCCAUGGCUACUAGACCAUCGUACUUGCCCCAUGUGUAAAAUGAACAUCUUAAAAGCACUAGGGAUUCCGCCAAAUGCAGAUUGUGUAGACGACAUCCCUCCAGACUUUGAAGCUUCUAUAGGAGGGCCACCAACCAAUCAAAUUACAGGAGCUAGUGACAUAACUGUAAAUGAAAGCUCUGUAGCCUUGGAUCCUCCAGUCCGGACAGUUGGAGUAUUACAAGUCAUCCAGGAUGCAGAUCCUCUUCCACAGACAGGGGAAAGUAAUCUCACCACAAGCAGUGAGCAGGAGCCGGCAGUCAGUAGUGAUUCGGAUAUUUCAUUGAUUAUGGCAAUGGAAGUUGGACUCUCUGACGUGGAGCUUUCCACUGACCAAGACUGUGAAGAGGUGAAAUCCUGAAAAAGUAGAUCAAAAGACCCUUCCACUGAACUAAAGGGCAGUAGAAGGAAGGGAACUGUCAGCUCUGUAAGAUUUGGACCAGUUGUGUAACAUGCAUACCAUAUACACAUGUACACACACACGCACGUACCCAUAUACAUGUGUCUGGAAUAUUUUGUGAAGUCUAGUACACUCCAUUCAAGGAUUGUCAUGAAAAGCAAUAGUAACAGACAUGUCUGCCUGGAUUCCGGUUGAUCAGCUACAUGUGUUCAUUUCACUGACACUGGAAGGUGAAGACAAACUUUUUCUAACACUAAUUAAUCACAAGAGUUAUGGACCUUCAUGCAGGCUCAGAACUGUGUAACUGAAAAGACAGGAUGAGUGUUUUCUACCUUCAUUUUUUUUAAGCAGGGAAGAAACCCAGAAAUACCAUGAUGUGCUUUUUUUAUGGUACAUGACAGACAUUUUUCUUCUUUUCAAUGACCCCAGCUUCUUCAAGAGUUCAACUCAGAAAUCUGAAAAUUAUGAUGGUUCGUGAAGAUUUAUGAAUGGCUAAUAUCUCGUACAUGGAGGAAGCAUGGCUUCAGGAAGAAAAGAUGCUUUGAGGCUGUGCAUUAAUCUGAAGCCUUUUUCAUUAAGGUAUUAAUGGAUCUUGGAGAGUUAUGCUUCCAGGGUCUCACAAACAAAAGAGGGGAGGAUGGAUUUACUGAGGUUGGUGACUUGCUUUUCAACAGUGUUGAAGAUGAUAACAAUCAUCAGAUUAAAAGUUAGCCAGUUCUUGCA